CUCCAUCUCUCUCUCUCUCGCUCGCUAUAAAUGGUCUCUCUCCUCCCUUCCCACAAAUUUCCAUCUCCCUCCUUAACCACUCCUCUUAAACAAGCGCCUUUGAUUCCUUCGUGUCCCCGACGCACCCUUCUUUUGAUUUGUUCCAUUUCUUUACGUUGUCCUGGACGUGAGAGUUCUGUUCAUGGAGGUUUACAGUAAGCUGGGCAGUGGAAUGCUUGUGGAUCUUAUGUGAAUUCGCCCGCCAAGUUGUUAACAUGAGUACAGAAGAUCUGUUUGAUGCCAACCUUUGACCGAAGCAUCUGUAACAUGGAUUAAUAUCGCAAGCCAUAUACGUUAUACUUUUGUUAUAUGCCUUCACAAUUGCUUUGAGAAUUGAGAAAGAGGUGCUUCUACAAUCUUCGCAAUUUUCACAGAUGCAGAUGGCUUCAUUAGAUCAUAAUGAACGCUCUGUUGAAUGUACAUCAACUGAGCCGGAGCAGGUGCUUUGUACUGAUUCACUUAAUCUGGAUGAUGCCUAUGGUACACCGGAAGUGCCUUCUCGAAUAGGAGAGCAAUACCAAGCAGAUAUUCCUGCAAUUGUGACAGAGGGAGAUUAUGUUCUGACAACACAGACUUGGAAUGACAUAGACUGCAGAGAUGAUAUUGAUGGAUUUCCAUGCAUGCAGCCAGCAGUUCCACUAGUCUGGGUUCAUUGCAAAACUGACAAUGUCAAGCAUGAAACACUAACAAGUUCAGCUACACUGGAAUCAUUGUACUUUGGUGAUGCAGGUGAAUGCAAAGAUGAUAUAAAAAAUGUUGCAGGAAGCAGUGAACGCUACCAUGUCAGGCAUCUGAAGACGUGUUCAUCUCAAUCUAUUCCAGAACUACAUGAUAAUCCACCUGUGAAAACUGAAAGUCUGGUGAAUGCUCCAUAUGAUUGUAACAAAGAGAAUCUGCCUACCAAUCUGCCUACCCAUGGGUCUCACUCACUAGAAAUGGAGAGUAACUCAUUCAUGCCAUGCCAGAAAAAUUCCUCAUUUGGCCAGACAUCAGAAAGCGGAAACCAGAAUAGCAAUCCAUUUUUAGAAGGACAAGGAAAAGGACUAGUUGAUUUGAGGAAUUGGCAUCUAGUGCCUGGUGAUUUAGGCGGGUCCUGGAAUGACAUUGAAUAUGAGGCUUUUCUUCUUGGUCUCUAUAUUUUCGGAAAAAAUUUUGUCCAAGUAAAAAAGUUUGUGGGGACUAAAAGUAUGGGUGAUAUUUUGUCUUUUUAUUAUGAAUUUUUUAAGACUGAUGCCCAUCGAAGAUGGUCCGAGUGUCAGAAAAUCAGAAGCAAACGGUCUAUUCAUGGGCAUCGGCUUUUUCAUGGUUUAAGACAACAGGAAUUACUUUCCCGCUUGAAUCCUCAUGCAUCAGAGAACUCCAAGAAAAUAUUACUAGAGACUUCUGAAGCAUACAAUGUGGGAAAAGUUUCACUUGAGGAAUAUGUUGCUACACUGAAGAUGAUAGUUGGAUUGGCGACACUAGUAGAGGCUGUUGGGAUUGGGAAAGGGAAGCAAGACCUCACAGGCAUCACAGCAGAACCUGCAAAGGUCAUCCAGCGAAGUGCUAUUCAUUCUGAAAUUCCAACUGGUAAAGCAUGCUCCUCCUUGACAUCUGAAGAAAUCAUCAAAUUUCUGACGGGAGGUUUUAGGCUAAGCAAAGCUCGGUCAAGUGAUCUAUUUUGGGAAGCUGUUUGGCCCCGUCUGCUGGCAAGAGGGUGGCACUCAGAGCAGCCUAAAGCAUCUGGUUCUCUUGGCUCCAAGAAUUCAUUAGUUUUCCUUGUUCCCAGCAUAAAGAAAUUCUCAAGGAGGCAUGUCAAGGGCACCCAUUACUUUGAUUCUAUUACUGAUGUCCUCAAUAAAGUAGCUCUUGACCCAAGUCUUCUCAAGAUUGAGACUGAUGAGGCUAAAGACAAUGGGGUCAAUGAAGAUGUAUGGGGUUCAGAUGCUCAGUUUGGUCAAGAUCGCCAUUGCUGUCUCCGACCAAGGCAGUCAAGUAGCAAUUCUGAGUUUGUCAAGUUUACCGUUGUAGAUACCAGCAUGGUUUAUGAGGAACCACAUAAGGUACGAGAAAUGAGAACUUUACCGAUGGACACUGAUAGCCAGUCCAGCAUUUCAUCAGGUACAAGUGACAGUGGUUAUAAGGAGCAGUCUCAGGCGCCUAAUUCAGUAGUCAAAAGCCUGAUUUGCUCAGGAUCUUCUUCCACCAAGUCUAGUGAUUAUUCAGAAAGGAGCUUGAAUAAGGGAGUGCAAUCCGAGCAUCCAGAAGGGCAGUCUCUCACUUCUGAGCAGAUAUCAAAAAAAGAUGAAAAGGUGGCAAGUGGGCCCACUUGUGUUCAAAAGAGAGAACUUUUUGCACUGGAAUCCAAGAAAGAAUGUCAUGAAUCCAGCCUUACCGUUGGGGGCUGCAGAGAAAAAUGCAGAGAAAAAUAUUUAUCUCCUGUCUCAAAGCGCCCGAGGAUUAACCCCAAUCUUGGAGAUAAUAAUCAAGAAGCCAAUGCGCUGACCAGUGCACUUGACAAAAAAGAAGGUGAACUCCAUUCCCAUUCAAAGUCAUUCAAUGAUAGUCAUCUUGGAAAUCCCACAAGUAAUCAUUCUCAGGCAACACUAGUUUCCAGUGCAAGCAAUAUUGGUCGAAGAUGUGAAACUACAGGAGAUGUCGACUUGGGCACUGAUGAUCUCAAAGAGACGGACAAAAGUUUUCGACGAGGUUUCAUUGAUCUGAACUUACCACAUUAUCCCUCAGAUUAUGAAAUGGAUGAAGAAUUUGAAACACAUGAAAUACCUUAUAAAGAUAAUGUCAAUGCUGGCUUAAGUGGAGAUUCAUUUCCAUGGGAAACAGAUCUGCAGAGCAAAAGUACCCCAUCAUUUGAACCCUCAGAUGGCUUGGGUAGUGCCAAGGAAUCCAUGAUGCAAGCUCGGAGGCAGAGCACCCGAAACCGUCCUUUGUCAACAAGGGCCUUGGAAGCACUUGCAUGUGGCUUGCUGGUUCCAAACCGUAGGACAAGGGGCACAAAAUCUGGAGCAGCAGAGAACUUAAUGUCUAGGUCAAGUCGAAGGAGGACGAAGUGCAUGGGAGUGCCAAGACGAACUAGUCCUCUUGCUUCGGGUAAUUGUGCCGAUUCUGUCAUGGACAAGAAAAAAGAGUUGAUGAGCGAGGUGGUGCUAGGGAAAUCAGAAGUUUAAUCUGAUCCAACACGGUACUGACUUGGAAGGAUUAUAUCAAUCUAAAAUUGUAGCUUGGAAACAUGAUCGGUCUUGCUAGCAAGGCUCUUGCUUUCUCUUGGUGAGAAAAAGAUGCAAGUCCCUGAAUGGUCUGCAAGUGAAGACAUUCUUCAUGCAGUCCAAGGAACUGGCACUGCUAUGAAUUGCAAUUCGAUUCCUUGGUUUGCGAUAACACACGUCCCACAGUUUCUUCUCUUUAAUAGCCACACAUUUUUUAAGUACCAUGCCCCAAAUGUAUGAAAAAUCAUGCUACCAGGCAAUAAAUAGUGCAAGGAAAGCUUCAGGUUUCUAUGUUCUUUGUGGGUAUUAGUGAACAAGUCUAGCCAAGUGCUGGUCCAUUUGAGAUGUAUGGCUCAAUUGCAACAAUGGAAUUCACCUGCAUGCUGGUGUAUCUUCAGUUUUCUA